UCUCGGCUCUGGAACCCCGCUCUACGGCCUCGCGCGUUAGGCGGCGCCAUGUUUCAAGGGCAGAGCGGUUGGUUCUGCGGCAGCGUCAGCAAGGAGCUGAGGCAGUUCUGGGGUAGGAAGUUGAGUGGAAGGGUGGGUGAGGCGGCGAAGGCAGCCUCCCACCUCCCUCUGGUGCCUGUAUUCCAAGGUGCCUCGUGUUCUCACUCUGCUCUUGCCUCCACAGUGGCGGAAGGGGGAACGAUCAGUGACUCGCAGGCAGCCGAUUUCUUGUUCAGCUCGGAUGCUUCACACCCAGACACGCUGAGAAUAUACCAGAGCCUUGAGUACAUAGAAGACAAUGCUACAGUUUUUCAUGCCUACUAUCUCUCUGCAGUAGCUAAAGCUGAAAUUAAAAACUCGGUGGCUUUAGGUCAUUUCAUUCUUCCUCCUGAAUGCCUGCAAAAAGAAAUAAGAAGAAAAAUUGGUAGUUUUAUUUGGGAACAAGACCAACAUUUUCCAGUAGAAGAGGAUGAUGAAGUAACACCAAAUGAAAUAAAGACCCUCAGGGAAAAUAGUGAAGUACCAACAAAGCACAUAAAAGAAUUAUCCAACAGCACAGAAAAGCAUUUUAUAAGGACUCCAGUUGCAGAAAAGCAGAUGUACUUCCCUCUUCAGAAUUAUCCAGUGAACAAUAUGGUAACAGGUUAUAUGUCAAUUGAUGCCAUGAAGAAAUUCCUUGGGGAACUACAUGACUUCAUUCCUGGAAGCUCAGGAUAUUUAGCAUACCAUGUUCAAAAUGAAAUUAAUAUAUCUUCCAUAAAAAAUAGAUUGAAGAGGAAGUAGUUAAAUUAUAAAUAUCUGGGCAUUUAUUAUCUGUAAAAUAUUAUCAGAAAUGGGCAUAAUUUAAAAUGUUCCCUUUAGUAACUCAAAGAUGGGGGAAUGGGGGAAUUUUUUUCUCUUUCUGAAAAUGUCUUAAGAAAAUUCACAAUCAUUUGGCUCUGUAUUUUGACAUUUGGACUACAUUUUUCUCCCCAGAUUGUCACAUUAUGUUUACAAAUUCUGAGUGAAUAAUUGUUAUAGAGUAAUUGUCAUUGAAACAGGCUUCAUAAGUAGUCUCAAUCUCUCUCUCUCUUCCUCUUUUUCCCUUCCUUUCUCCUUCCCUUCCUCCCUUACCCCCUCCACUUUACCUCGUUUACUCUUUGGGUUUUAACAUUCUAUUAAUUAUAUAUUUUUUCUAGGUUCAAUAGUCUGAGUGCUAAAGUUUAUCAUUCUAGUAAUCUCAUUUUGCUUUAAAAAAUUAGAAUGCCAUAGUUGAGUUCUGAAUUACUGCUUGAAAUAUAUGCAGUAAAAGUUUUUUAAUAAGUCAUAUUUCACAUUGGAUAUUUUCUGAUAAUAAAUGUG